GUCUGGGCGUGGCCGGCGCGUGCAGAAGAAGAAGAGGAGGGGGAGGGGGACUAAAUAAAUAAAUAGAGAGGGAGGGGGAGGAGGAGGAGAGCGGGGCGCGCGGCGACGGGUAAAGCAGCGGCCUGUUUCUGCCUGUGCGCGCGCGCGCCCGCGUCCUCCUCCUCGCUCUCUCUCUCUCGCUCCCCUUCCUCAGGGAAGGCUCCUUUCUUCUCUCCCUCGCCCCCUCAGGUGCAGGUUGCAACCGUCCCUCUGCCCCCAAGGCCGCUCCACCACCACCACCACCCGGCCCCAUUGAGGAGCAAGCCCCGCACCCACCACCUCAGGAGGGAGACCCGCUCCCCUCUGCAAAGUAGGGGGCUCCUCGCCCCACUUUAGGUCCCUCUCGCCACACCAGGUCACCAUUUGUGUCAGGAGCGACAAAGAGAGCUUUUCCAUCUGUGGUAAGGGGCUCUCCCUCCUCACCUCAACGAAGGAGGACGUGUGCAAAUGCGCCCCCCCCAACCCCCCCAUUCGCGCCCCGUGGCAGUUGCUCCCCUGUGGGGACAAGCGAGGCCCACCGUUCUCUGGAAAGCGGGGUGGGGUCGGUUGCAAAUACUUAUAUGGGGGUCGCUGCAGCCCUCCCGUUUUGUUAGGGGGAAGGGGGCUCCCCACCCCACUUUUAACUGCUCAGAACUGGGGGGCCAGCCACUUCUAGGGCUUCCUGGGAAAGUUUCCCGUUGCUGUGUUUCUGCCCCCCAUGUAGAGAAGAAUAUGGAGCCCUGGCACCGUUGGGAAAGAAUCUUAAUUCGGAUCCUGCCCCUUCGCCAGGGUUAAAAAUACAUAACAGCAUUUCAAGUGCUGCAGCAGGUUUUUAGGGUUUUCUCUGCACCUGUUUUUUUUAAUGAAGGCUCAGGGUGGGAUGGAGAGGUUAAGGCUGCAAUAGCCCCAUUUACUACCCCGGGGUUAGUUAAGGCCCAUUCGAUUCAACAGGGCUUGCUUUGGAGUAGUCGUGCAAAGGAUUGCACUCUUAGGAAAGGAAGCCCUGUGUUACGUUUCAUUGCUUUUCAGUAGAAUUUUGUGAUAGGAGAGAAAAGCAGUGAAAUGCAAGAGAACAGCUAGAAACCAUGGCUGUCAACCGGUGGAAAGGUUUCAGUUAAGGUGCCACUUAAGCAAUCUAGUAAAUAAGUUUGCCUAUGCUAAAACUUAAACAUAGGUUCCCACUUUAUAUAUUGAAGGAAGUGCAAAAUAAUUUAUAGUUCAAGAAAAGCUGCUAUGGGGGGGGGGGGAGUAAUCCAUUUGUAAUAUUUUCAUCCUAUGCCAUUACUUAGUUAAAAAUUAGCUUUCCUGGGUUUCUUUCGUUCUCAAAGGAAACCCAAACAUAAAAAUCCUGCAAAACUUCUAAAAGAUGCUGAAGCUUUGGAUUUUUUUGAGGGGAGCACUUCAUAAUCAUGCAACAGCUAAAAAGAGAAGUAAAUUUAUUUGGUGUUUGCUCUUGGUACAUGAAUGGGAUAAGGAAUCCCGACCCGCUUAAGUGUAGCUAGGAAAUAAAUAAUAUUUUUAUCAGUAACCAUGCCUUAUCAUUUGAAAGCAUGACCUAAAAAUAUCUGCAUGAUAAAAUUCUGAUGUUCAUAUUUGUUUGUAAAGUUUUUAUUCCCCACUGCUAUGAGCAGGCUUUAAAUUUUUUUCCUUAUUUUUAUCCUGUGAAAUUAAGAUAUCUCCCUAACACCUUUUUGCUUUUAUAAGCCUGCUCUACAAGCAUCAGUGGUUUGUGUACCUUGGUCCUUUGCUCUGGAAUGUUGAGUGCUGUGAUAUGGAUAGGUUGUAAGUGGCAUUAUGUUUAUAGUGCCUGGAUACAGAGCAUUAUAUAUUCAUAAAAUUCCAUUUAAUAAUAUGCCCACAACCAGCAAAGAAUAUUUCCUUUUUCUCUCUCCAUCCCAAAUUAAGAGAUGGUGUGCCCCUCAGUAUUACAGCAACAAGUAUUUCCUCCCAACGUGCAGUUAAAAAUUGUGUACCCUUGUCUGUUAGAUCCAGUGGGAAGAAUUUAAAUAUAUUUGUAUACGCACCCUGUCUUACGAAGAGAGGUUGAGUUGAUUCUGUUGAUGGCAAGGAGGAGCCUUAAAUACGCAAUGUCAUUCUUCUUAAUGGAUAUGAAUUUAAACUAUUCUCUACUUAUUCUAUCCUUAGAGCACAUCUUUCCAAGCGUUUUCCCAAAAUCUGCUAUGGCCUAAUAAUACUGGACUUGUAGGAUUUUGAGUGGCAGCUGCUAAUAUCCAGUUAUAAUUGUGAAGACAGAAAGAAGUGCUGAUGAACUUUGCUUAAUCCUUGGUGAAUAAUACCUGUAAGCUAUUUUUAAAGAGAAUCAUUUGCAAAAUAGGAGUCUCCAUGCAUAAUUUUGUAUAUGUAAACUCUUGCCCCUUUUUGCAAAAUUUAUCAUGUUUACAUUUCUGUUAUGCCCGGAGAUAGUAGUCCUAUAUUGUAGUGUUCUAAACAUGUAUGUACAUUUUUAAAAAAGAAUUUGCCACUUUUUAUUUAUAUAUGGGGAUGUUUAUGGCCCACCUUUCAAGGCCUAGGCUUGCAAUGCAGCAAGACAACACAACACAUUAAAAAGAAUGAAAAUCCUGUAGAAACCUAGAAUAAUAAACAGUUGUAUAUUCAAACAGCAAAACUGCAAAAAGAAUCCAGAGAGCCACGUAAAAUAACAACCUUUUUUCUGGGUAGUGGUGGUAAGUUUUUAGCCAUUGGUGGAACAUAAAUAAUGAGGUUCACAAUUUAAUCUCUUGGGGCAGUAAGUUAUUAUGGACAGCUUCACAUGUAACACUAAGCCAAAAUAAUACAUUAAUCUUUUGAAAAUGCUCAUGGGGAAUCUGCAGACCUACCUAUAUUGCAGUACAUCUAUUAUUUGUGGCAGUACAUUCAUCGUAUAUGUGAACCUCAUCCCAAGCACUAAAUUUCAGUAGAGAUUUUUGUUAUUAAGCUAUUUAAAUUAAAUUUGAUCAUUUGAGAAAUAACCGUAGGAAUCAAAAUCCCUAGCUAUGUUAUUUAUUUCACAAAAUUUGUAUACCACUUGAUUGUAAUAAGACCUCAAACGUCAGUUUGAUCUAUAUGAUCAUGCUUAAUUUAAUCAUGGGGUAACCCUCAUUUGAAGAUAUGGAGGCAACCCUUUUUUGGGGGUGGGUAGAGUGUGGGAUUAAUACAAUAGAUGAGCUGAUAAGAAUAGAUGGAGAAUUUUUACAAUGAUUCUUCAUUGAGGGUUAGAUACUAUUUACCAAUGAGGAUUAAAUGCUAAUUUUAAUCUGUUUCAGUAUUUUAACUUUUGUAUGUUUUAAAAUAGGGUUGUAAAUUUUUCUUGAUAUUAUUGUCUUAGCUUUUUGUAAACCACUUCUGAGUUUUUUCACAGUCAAGUGAUGUAUACUUUUUAGGAAAUACCGUAAAUUUAUAACAUUAAAUAAUAUUUUCAGUAACAGCACACUUCAGUGUCUAUUUAUGAUCCAUCAACUUGGAGUGCUUUAUCAUCACCUAAACUGCUGGAUGGAAUAAUUGGUUGGUUGCAAAAUAUAAAACCAGUUACUAGUUUUUAUAAAUGCAUAUAUGGAAGUUUUUAAUGCUUGAUGUUUUACUAUGGUUUUAUCAUUUGUUUGAGCUCCAGUGUGGCUAGAACAACCCAGUCAGAUGGGCAACAUAGAAAUAAUAAUUUAUUAUUAUUAUUAUUAUUAUUAUUAUUAUUAUUAUUAUUGGAAACUCAUAAGAAGAUGAUCAGCAGGUUAGAGAAGAAUGGAGCAGGGAAUUAAGAGUGUACUAUGGAACCUAAACAAUGACAAAUUGCAUUAGAAUCUAUACAGAAUAUUUCUUUAGAUGUAAAAUUGGCCUGAGUCCUGGUAUUGCUCUGACUUGUGCAUGCCUAUGAUUCUUCAAAACUGUUCAACACUUGUGACUCUGACUCAAAGCCCCUUUGCUCUUUCCCAUUUCCAUUUCAAUCUUUUGUUUAGGAACCUUGACCCAAAUUACAAACAUGAAUAUGGACCAGUACCACCUCAGUGAUGAAAGUUCACUCCACUCUGAGAUGCAGCUUCAUGAGUUUUCAGGGAAUCAGGCUUUGGACUGCAGUGAUAAUUUCGGCCACGACCUGUGUCCAGAUAUGAGAGACAUGAUUUAUUCAGGAUUGAGCAACUUGGAUGUGGACCCCAGUCUUUCAGCCACAAAUAUGAAUAAUGACUCCUUGGAGGACAAUCUUGACACCUUAUCUUUGUACUCUGUGAAGGACUGUGAUUCUACUAAACUCCUUGAGGAUUGUGACCCAGACUCACGGCCACUCUUGCACGGUGAGUAACCCUGGUUACAGUGGUAAAUAACCAACAUGGCAAAAUGUGUAAGGCAGGAAUGCGAAAACUGGCUUUCCAGAUGUUGUUGGACUACAACUCCUAUCAGACUCAGCCAGGAUGGCCAGUGGGCGGAGGUUAUGAGAACAGUUAUCCAACCACAUUGAGAGUCCCAGGUUCCCCAUCUUUGCCUAAAUACAGGCUUCCUCAAGAUCUGCCCUCCAGAUAUUUUGAGACUACAAUUCCCACCAUCCCAUUGGUCCUGCUAGCUAGGGAUCAUGGGAGUUGUAGGCCAAAAACAUCUGGAGGGCCGAGUCUGAGGAAGCCUGCCUAAAUAGAACCUGGAAAGCUUUCUUUUUUCCAUUCAGCUAUGGGUUUCUUUUCUAGUCAAGGCACUCCUCUCCGAAAUAGGAAUACGUAGUAAUUGUUCCAUUUCACACUUCAGUGCCAUGUGUACACUGGUGUUUCUGCACAACAAGGAUUAUGAAGUAUCAAUGGGAGAUGCAUGUCUUUAGAUGUACCAUGGGCAUGUGCUAGAGACCUGCAGACCAUGGCUUGUUUUGUGGAAGUUACGGAUCCCAAAGCAUUUUGCAAGCAGAAAUAAUUAAGUUCUACAAGAUUUUGUAAAGAUCAUAGAUGUGCAGGUUUGUAAGGAGAAAUUUGCAUUUAUUGUCCCCUUUUUCUGGGGAGGGGAAUCUUACUCAUCCUCACGUGACUGUUCAGGCAUCUCUUGACUUUUUAAUGCCAACAGGUCCACGCGGUUGUUUAAAGUUUUGUUGAAUAGCCUGUCAUUUUAAUUACUAUUCUGUAUUGCUUUUAAUAUUUUUUAAUCAUUUUAUAUUGUUUUACACUGCCCUGAUGCUUUAUGAUGUGGAUGUAUUUAAUAAAUGAAUAUAUUAAUAUAUUAAUUUGCACUGGAAAAUCACAUAUGCUGUAUUAGCCAUUCAGAUUUGAUACAACGCAAUGUUAUCUUCGUGAGUAUUGCCUGUUUCUUUCAGUAUGGCGAUGUGGCGUCAUUGCAUAAUCACAGUGUGUGUAGACUUUGACAUUUUGAAAUGAGGGUAUUUUUCUUAAGGGUAGGGGAAAAUAGCAUUUUUGGCAAGGUAAAAAUGUACAAAAUUGCCAAAAGCAAAUACAAAUACCAGCCUAAUUUUUCAGCGGAGCAACUGAGAAACAAAACUCAUCUCUUGGAACACUUUCUUGGGAUAAUGUCAUCGACUUAAUUUUUCUGUAAUGUGCCAUGAGACAUUUAUUGCUCCUUGGAAAAAAUAAUAGAUAAAGAUGACUACACUACAAUAUGAUAAGAAUAUGUUCCCCUUCUGUCUAGUUUCUUUUCAAUUGCAUCCAGGAUAAAGGAAAUGCUCUCUGUGGAGUCUUUUCAGCGCACGCUCCAGCUGCAGCUGGGAUAAAAGCUACACUGAAGAAACAUGGCAAAUCUAACUGUUAGGACCGAACAUCUUAGCUUCCUUUUAAAUCAAAUAAUUAAUUUCAUGUUGAACCUUUGUAGCUCUUGAUGUUUUCUCCACAUUCAGUUUUCAGUUGAAUUGGUUGACUCUAAAACCUGCAGUGAAAAGUUAAGACAUAAAAUUUUCAGGUCUUAAGUUUGCUGGGCAAAACAACAGUCCACUGUGAUCAUUGUUGAGAUUAGGUGCUUCCAUCAUUUGAAGCAUUUAGUUGACAGCACAGCACUUCAGAAGAUUAUUUCUCCUUGGAAUUAUACCUGCAUUAGAUGAAGUUGGCUGAACGUUACAUGCUGCCAGGCUUGGGUUGAAAUGCUUUUAUUUAAGCUCCAUCUUAUAUGCAAUUAAAUAUGCACAUACCAUACCAUAGCUGUGUUGGUUUUUGGUUGUUUUGGGUAAUAUAUGAAGUGGAAAUCAGUUCUUAAAAGAGAUCGGCAGUAAUGGGGACAUGUGAAUGGAGAGUAGCUUAGAUAAAUUUAAAAUGGAACAAAAUUGACAGUGCAGUAGUGCUCUAGUAAGAACAAUGAAAUAAUUUUGGUCGUCAGGAAUGAGCUUUGUUGAUCAGGUGCAGUAAUGCUGAACAAAUGCAAGGCCUCCGUUUUAGAGGAAGGGAAUGCUACGCUACCUUCAUAAUUUUAACUUAAUUACCUGAAUGGAUUUUUUAACUGGGCACUCAAUUUAGUGCCAAAAUCCUAAAAGCAGAUAAAAUAGAACCUCAAAACUUGUUAACUGUGAAAUCAGUGAGUCUGCUUCAUGAGCAAGCAGUUUGGCAAUAAGAGGUUAACUCUAUUAAAAAGUUCAUUACUGGUAUAAAUAGUUACUAGAGAGGAGGAGGGUGCAUGUUUCUAGAAGGCCAGAAGUUCCCACACCUGUUUGUUUGUGAUAUGACCACUUUAGCAGUGCAGAAAGGGUGCUUGUAUAAGAGGCAAAAGAAUACUUUAAAAUUCAGCAGGGUCUACCCAUGCUCUCUUGAGUUGUAUAUGUACUUCAUUUAUGUGCAGUUUUUGUUCUUCAUUCCACCCUGCAGCAAAAAUGUAAAUCCUGUGUGUUUAUACUAGAGAUCUGGGUAUUCUUGGUAAUUUUCCAACGCUCUGAAUGCAUUGGAGUGUUUAGGAUAUUUGACAUACACUCAUGCGCACACAUAUAGAAUUAAGUGUUUGUGUGAUGUGCUCUAAGAUGUUUGCUGCUGGUAGUACAGUUACUGUUAAAAAUGGUAUGGGAUGGAAUCAUGUAACCUGGGCUUGCUUUAAGCCUGUUUUUAUAUUUGCUUUGCUAUGCACUUUUAACAUGCCCUGAGACUGCUGGGUGGAUCAGGAUACAAAGCUUCAUAAAAUAUUGUGGGAUAACCAGUAUGCUUAGGUAUAAUUAAACUUUGGAAGGAACUUAGAAGGGAAUAUAUUAAAGGUCCAACAGCCUGUAAUUCCAUGCUCUACUUUGCUUCAUAUUUUUUGGUUUUAAAUCUCUACUGUGGUUCCUCUCACCAAAGAGGACUUGCCCCAAACCUGGAUCUUGGCAUCCAGGGAAUUCUCCUUUUAUACCUCUGCCCCCCCCCUUGCAUUAUGUUCAUUUAACAAACAUAAUGCAAUUUGACAUUAUGUUCAUUUUAUGAAAUUUCCAUACCAGUUGAUUAUAGUAAAACCUCUAAGCAGUUCAAUAUUGCUAAAUCAUCACUGGAAGAAAAUAAUUGCAUUGGGGAAAGAAAUUUAAACAGUUUAUUGCCAUCACCAUCAUUAUAAACAUUAUUGACAUUUUUUAACAAGAACAGUUGUUGUUGGUUUUAACAAGCUUUAGCAUCUUGUGUAGUUGAUUUAAUAACAGGGGUAACGGGUGUUCCCUUCUGAAAGUAUUUAGAAUUGAGGAAGAAAUGGAACUGUCAGGGCUUCAGUCAUCCUUGGAGCAGCCUGCUCCUGUCCUGUUGUGUUGAAUGGGCUCAUCACUAUUGCUUUUAAAAGGAUCCUUUUUAUGAAGAACCAGCACGCAGGAGAAUCCAUAGUUAAUGCACCUGUGGUUUUUUGUGCUGACUGAGAAGAGAACGGGAUUUGUUUACUGUGUCUGCUUCCACAGCGAAUACCAGUUCCAAAGUUAGUAUGUGCACCCUAUUUUCUGCUGCCAGGAACAUUCACCAGUAACUGAGGGAGCUACAUGUUUGAAGCCCCCCAGAAAUAAUUUGGGGAGGGGAGAUUCUUCAGAACCUGUCAAAAUAUGUAAAUAUAUAUAAAAAUCAUCCAGUAGCACCUUAGAGACCAACUAAGUUCUUGGUAUAAGCUUAUACCAAGAACAAACUUAGUUGGUCUCUAAGGUGCUACUGGACAAUUUUUAAAAUAUAUAUAUAUUUCGACUGCGUCAGACCAACACGGCUACCUACCUGAAUUCUGAACCUCUGUUAUUUAAGCCCCUCAAUGUCCCAUUGAUGUUGUUCUCACCUUGAAAAUGCAAGGAGUCAUACUUGGCAUUUAUAUGGCAUUUUUCGUGAGUGUCAUGUUCAUUAUAUCACUAUUUUUUAAAAGGCAACCUUACAAGGUAGGUCAAUUUUAUUAUCCCAUAGUGCAGAUGGGAUAAGAUGUGGGGAUGGAGAGGUAAGUGGCUUGCCAAAUGCUGCCUAGUGGGUUUGUGACAUUGAGAUUUGAACCAGAUACUUAAUUGCUCACACUGUCAUUGACUGUACAAAGCCAGAUGCUAUGAACUAAAAGUUGUCUUUACUUACAUAGAAUUGGGACUUCCUGCCCCUUCAGUACCGAAAGAAGUGGAGCAAGGAGGCAGAUCCAGUUCUGGCAGUGGAAGGAGAGGAAAGCACCAGCAAAACUCCCCUCAAGCCCCUUUCCUGGAUUGCAGCCUCUGUGGAAAGGUUUUCAGUAGCACCAGCUCUCUCAGCAAACACUACGUGACUCACAGCCAGGAACGGAAGCAUGUCUGUAAGAUCUGCAGCAAAGCAUUUAAGCGCCAGGACCACCUGUAUGUAUCUGUUUGCCAGUAAAACUGAUUUAAAUGUAUAGACAGUUUCUGCUACUGUAGAAAUUUGGCUUGAUCUAGUUUGGCUAGGGCCUGGUGUACAAAUGUGCAUAGACCUAGUAUUCCUUAGUAAUGCAAGACAUAAUCUGCCUUCACUUAAGAAAAGGGUGAAACUACCCAGGGAGUUGCUUUGGAUCUACUGUGACAGCAGACAGCACUGUAAUACAGUGAAGUUUUCAAGUUCCAUCAUUCAGGCAGGAUUCCAGUGAUGGAAGAGGCUCCUAGUAUUGAGGAGAGAAAAUCUUUCUAAUUUACUCUGUGAUGCAUGAAAUAAUUUGGCCUUCUGAAAAUCAGAGCAGUUGGGUGUGAGCACUUGGUGGGAUGUGGUUGCAGCGAUACCACAGGAAAAGUAUCUUAAGCAAAAAGAAGUGGAAUUCUGAGAGAUAUUUGAGCCCCCUUUCCCCCUGAGCACAGGACAAAAGCAUGCCUCCCUUUACAUUAACCACAGUCCUAUGCUCCGGAGCAGAGAAAUUGUAAUAGAAAUUUGUGUGAAAACUAGAGACCUGUAGCCAGAGAUCUGUGGCUAGUUCUCACUGCUAUGGUAAAUGUGCACCUGGACUCUUAGCAUUUCAGACUGGACAUGGAAGCUUUUAUGAUGGAAUAUUUCUCAGUACAGCACCAGAAAAUGGCAGUUAGAAAUAUAGAAUAUCAAGGGGAAGGCUAGGUUAGAAUCCUUUGACAUCUAGUUUUAUAUAUGCAAGGGUGUGUGUGUGUGUGUGUGUGUGUGUGUGAACACUCUGUCAUGUGAGCCCCCAUCUGCAGUCUGAAGUGAUAGUGUUGGGAGUUCAGCUGAUGGAAUCAAAAAAAGAUUAUUACUUUCGGGCAAAGUUCUAGUGUGACUCGGACGUCCUUACAGCCUUUCCUAGUAAAGACAGCCAAAUGGACCACCUGGGUGGGUGGAGUCCCUGUAGUACAUAGGAGCCUUUACUGCUUAGGGAAAUGCUAUAACUUACAGCUCUGGUGACACCAUCCAGGGUAACUGUGUACAGCAGGCAUAGGCAAACCAGGCCCUCCAGUUAUUUUGGGACUACAAGUCCCAUCACCCCUGACCACUGGUCCUGUUAGCUAGGGAUGAUGGGAGUUGUAGUCCGAAAACAUCUGGAGGGCUGAGUUUGCCUAUGCCUGGUAUACAGAGUCAUGGGUAGCCAUGGCAGCUCCUGAUGCACAGCCCAAAUAAAGGUUUAUCCCCUCUUUAACUAUUCUAGGUUUCCAAUCCGUAUGUGAGGUUCAGACUCCCUUGCUUCUGCAGCUCUUGGUCAUAUACACCUCUGUUCGCUCACUCUCUUCCUCUCACCUGCUUUCUUUUGUACCCCUCUCUUUCCUAACUGUAUCUUCAAACACUUGUUUCCUUGAUAAUGCUGCCUGCUCUGCCCUUCUCAAGGAGCAGAGCAGCUCAGCUAGUGGUGGCCAGAGAGGUACUCCUAACUGCCCAGUCCAUCUCUGAUAGGAAAGGCAGCUGAAGUAAUUACUAGCAGAGGCUUUACCACCACCACCACCACCACAGAACAUCAUUCAGUGUAGUGGUUCCCAUUUGUUCCUUGACAGAUCACUUGGAAAUUACUGGUUGUCUUGGCGGACCCAUUUAAUGAUUUUUCUGCCUGUUGUAAAAAAAAUGUAAUGCACUGUGUUAGAUACUGUGUGAUUUUUAUCUGUAUUUUUAUUGCUUGUGUUAUUUCCUAUGACGCGGGUGGCGCUGUGGGUAAAACCUCAGCGCCUAGGACUUGCCGAUGGCAUGGUCGGCGGUUCGAAUCCCUGCGGCGGGGUGCGCUCCCGUCGUUCGGUCCCAGCGCCUGCCAACCUAGCAGUUCGAAAGCACCCCCAGGUGCAAGUAGAUAAAUAGAGACCGCUUACUAGCGGGAAGGUAAACGGCGUUCCGUGUGCUGUGCUGGCUCGCCGGAUGCAGCUUGUCACGCUGGCCACGUGACCCGGAAGUGUCUGCGGACAGCGCUGGCUCCCGGCCUAUAGAGUGAGAUGAGCGCACAACCCUAGAGUCUGGCAAGACUGGCCCGUACGGGCAGGGGUACCUUUACCUUUUACCUAUUUCCUAUAUUGUAUUUUAUAGUACAGGCACCUCCCCAAUUGCGCAGGGGGUGCGUUUUGGGUCAUCACAAAUAUUGACAGGAUGCAUGUAAGCCCGCCCUGCCCCGCCCCCUUCCAGGGCGGAAAAUGUCGUGCGCAUCAGCGAUCACAUUUGCCUCGAAUGCACACAAAAUGGGAGUUGCCUGUAUUGUAAUUUGCAUUUCAUAGAAUUCAGAUUUUAACACAAAAACACAAUAUUAAAAACAAAAUUACUAACAAAUGUACAGUUAAAAUUUAAUAUGGAUAUUUAUUGCGGGUAUUCCACUGACCACCUGAAUGAAGCUCGUGCACCAUUGGUAGUCCAAUAACCACAGUUUGUGAACCCCUGCUUUACCCUAAUAUAACAAUAUAGUUGAUAAAAGUGAGGAUUUCAUUUGCCUUACUCCGCCAAACCUUUAUUAGGCGUUACAAAUAUAGGCCAUCAUAAAACAUCCAUAUGUAAAAUUUUAACAUAUAUACAAAUAAACAUCCAUGUAGAAAAAUGUAAUAACGAGGAUUUUCAUUGGAGUUUCUUUCCACUAAAUAGUGCCAUUCACCAUUCUAAUACUCUUGAUAAAAACUCAGCCACCCUUGCAGUUACUUCCGGGUUAAUGUCAGAUAUUUCCAUUGCGCUGCACUGUUAGACUACCCAAUAAAGGGGAUAGCACGUGUUUGCGUAGCUGGUUGUACAAUGGACAGUAGAAAAGAAUAUGUUCUGUGUCUGGCACAUUCAAACAACAUCCGCAAUGUCUGUUGUUUCUGGGGAUGUUUAAAUAUUUUGGUGGUUGAUUGUGAUAAUAAGAUUAGCUUACUCUUCUAUAUUCUGAUCUUGUUAAAAAAAUUUUUUUUAACCUUUCAUCUCAGGAGUGGCCACAUGCUGACACACCAAAAAACGAAGCCGUUUAUUUGCAUAGAACAAGGUUGCAAUAAGAGUUACUCAGACCAUCGGUCACUGCGCCGGCAUUAUGAAAUGCACCACGGUUUGAGGUUGUUAAAGGAUGAAGAAGCUUGUGAGGCCUCCCCACCCCUCCACGAUUCACGUGUGCAGGUGGGAUCUAGUGGCAUGAGAACUGCAGAGAGGCUGGCUGUUCACCCUGAAUCCCAGGCCCCUAAUAAUUCCCUCCUGCCCCACAGAGACCUGUUGAGGUGUCUUGUAAGUAGCUUAGUCAGCCAGAAGCUCCCGCCUGCUUCUUCAACCUCUGUGGGACAGCCAGAGUCUGAUUCUAGGGGAUCCCAGCAGCCUUGCGCCUCUGUCUGCGGUCAGAUUUCUUGUGUGCCAACAAGCACUUCAGUGCUCACAGAUGCCACCAGUGAUAAAGUGACGAAGGAGCUUUACCCUUGUCAAAAGAACGCCGCCUCUUCCAGUGUGUACACCAUCAUAAACCCUGGGAGUUUAUCUGUACUUGGACCAGCAGAAAACAUUGCAAACUUGCCAGACAGGCAGCCACAUUCAGAACCUCAGUUUCCAUUAGAAACCACAGCCCUGGAGUAUUGGUCGAACAGUGGCGUGCCUCGUUUUCCGUUAUUCAGAGGCCAGAAAAUUCCUGCCACCUCUCACCAGUCAAGUGGCAACUUCCAGUGGGUCAGAAAUGUGCCACCAACCUACACCCAAAGCAAAGGAAACAGUGUUUAUCUUGCUCAGAUGCCACCUGCUGCGGGUCAGGAUGCCUCCCAAGGCCUCGUGGGACCCUCCCAUGCUUUUGACUCCCUGUCGCAAAACUUUGAGCGCCCAGAUGUUUUAUCGUUCACUCCAGCCCUCUUAAAGUCACAGGGGGAGAUCCCUGGAGAGCCGAAUCUCAGUGGCUUUGAAGAGUCUUUCAGGCCAGCAACAAGGCUUCCAGAUCCUAUGAAGCACGGUGUGCUGCAGAAGGGUGAAGCCACACCGCUGUUCAGGCAGCUCUUAAUGAAAUCCCAGGAAUCCUCUGUGAAUCAGGAUCAGCUCCAAGUCCAGGGUCGCCUGUUCCAAAGGAUCACCAAAUCUCAGCACAUUGUGUCCCACACGCAGCUGUUGGCUCCGUUGCAACUGGCAGCUGCAGAGACUGAGCAGGUGGUAGCGAAACCACUUCAGAGUGUGUUUCCGCAGCAGGCAGGUUUGGUUCAUCCAGUUCCUGAGCCCGCUGAAAGCGAAGGGUCCCCCUUGCGCGUAAAAAACGCCUUGUCCCAGUUUCAGAAGGACUUCUCGUUGGGCAGUGAGAAAGAAGGGCAACAGCCAGCUUCUCCUCCACAGUCCUUUCAGCUACUUGCCGUGCCUUCUGCAAGCACAGGCAGCAUUUCCCAUCCCAAGCACACCAGGACCUUGAAAAGAUGCCUGGAGCUCAAAGACUUCUCUAGCCCUAGCCAGUCUGGAACAUACGAAAACACCCCAGGAAACCACACAUACGGGAAGCCGAGGCAGCUGGAGAAUGGCUCUCCCGUACUGAGGAAGAAAGAGAAGAGUAAGGCUUGCGUCAAAGAACCAGGCUGCAAAGGGCAUUCUCGCAGUGGCAGACCUCGCCGGAAGGAGAAGCUGAAGUUUGACACAGCUCCCAUGGCUUCUCCCAGUCAAGUGGCCAUGGCUUCCUUUUCUUUGCCUAGCACCUCAUUUGAUAGUGGGGCGAGAGAGAAACCAAAGCUGACCAUUUUCAACAGGAUUCAGGCAUGUUCAAACCGUAACAUGUUCAUGUUUUAUUUCUUUACGUGUUUACAGUAUUGGUGGGGUCAGAUAGCACCUUUCUCUAAAGUUUAUGUCAAGGCAGCUGUUAGUGUGCCUAUAGUUGUGUUUCCCAAAGUUGGGUCUCCAGCUGUUUUUGGAAUACAACUCCCAUCAUCCUUAGCUAGCAGGACAGGGAUGAUGAGAAUUGUAGUCCAAAAAAACAGCUGCAGACCCAAGUUUGGGAAAUACUGGUCUCUAGCUUCUGGGAACUUGGAGGGGACUUAACAAAAUUCUUCAGAUAGUGUGAGCUGUUCGCCAGUAACUGAUUUUAUUUAUUUUAGCAGAAGCCAUUGUUGGAAUUAAGAAAGGUCUAAUAGGUGAUUAUCUUUGGCUUUGCUCACAGAGUGAACUCAGUAUAAGUGCCAAGGCACUGGCAAAGAGGCCUUGGAUCCCCUUUCUUCAGCAAGAGUGACAAGCAGAAGCAGACUUGUCCCUGCAUAUGUCUCAUCUGCUCAUUCCCACUGGCCUUAAGUUGAUGUGUGCAUGGGAGUGAGUUGGUGAGUACAUAAGUGGAAAAUUCUACCAAAGCUGCUGUUCUUCCUGCAAGAAGUGGGUUAAACAGCCCUUUUCCUAUGGCCAGUUUGGGAGGAAAUGGCUGAGGUGCAUAAUGAAAAUGUGCGUGGGGGUGAGGGAUGGUUCUAAAAUUUAGGAAAAAGUGAUGCCUCUGGGCACUGUUGGGCUCUCAGACUGCUAGCUCCCCAUGUCUUGGUUACCCCUUUCCUCCCCAGCUGUGAUCUCUGAAAAUUGCCCACUCUCCCUGUAUGACAUGUUAGCAAGAGGAAGAAGUUCUCAUUGAGCCUGGUGUGAUCAUCCCCCCUCCCUCACUGUUAAUUGUAGUGCAGUGGGGCUAUUUUCAAAGAGAUCCUGGCUCCAAAGAGAGGGGUAAAACCUCCCCACCUACUGUGGUUCGGAUCAAAAUGAGGGCUGGGGGAUGCUAACAAAUUUUAAAACCCUGAUGCAAUUGGCAGUGGUGCAUUUUGUGCAACAUGUAGUUAGGCCCUUAGUAAAGAAGAGAGAAAAAGUAGACAAGAAAGGUUUUAUGAUUCCAAAAGCCUGAGGGCAUCUGAGUAAUGUUGAGCUCUCUCUCUGAUCUGGAGAUGUUUUAUCUUUAAAAAUAUAUAAAUGUACUUAACUUUUUUUAACACAGGGUGGAAAUAUCUACAGCUUUACUAAUGCAGUGAGGGAAGAGCAAUUUCCCUUUGGUUGGUAAGUAGGGCAUGGUUAUGUUGGAGAAAUUUCAAAGGGGUUCCUAGAUAGGCAGUAUCCCUCCCAGAAACCCAAAAGAAGAGUAUGCAGGCUAAAAGUAAAAAGAGACCUUUAUUGAAGUUCUAAUGCGCAUAGGGACAGCCUCAAAAAUAAGGAGACUGCAAAGAACCACAUCCAAAGUAAUGUUUCUUAUACACUUCCAGAUUACACACAUGAUUUCUAUUCACUAUUAAAAGGAUUACAGCAAUCUUAGUAGUUGCAACCCAAUGUCAUCAUCCUGAACCAAUCAAAAUCUUUUAGCUUGUCAGAUCGGCCCUCAUCAGAGUAUCAUGUUGGUUACAUGUAAUCAUUUUUCAAUGUCUUUAUCAAGACUUUGACUACUUUUCCUAUUCAUUAAAUGUAUCCCAAGAUCCUCUUUCAUCUAUCUACAAAACAAUUCAAUAUUAAUCACAGUUGCCAUGCCUAGCUACCGUAUUUUUCGCUCUAUAAGACGCACCAGACCAUAAGACACACCUAGUUUUUGAAGGAGGAAAACAAGAAAAAAAAUAUUCUGAAUCUCAGAAGCCAGAACAACAAGAGGGAUCGCUGCGCAGCGAAAGCAGCGAUUCCUCUUGCUGUUCUGGCUUCUGGGAUAGCUGCGCAGCCUGCAUUCGCUCCAUAAGACGCACACACAUUUCCCCUUACUUUUUAGGAGGGAAAAAGUGAGUCUUAUAGAGCAAAAAAUACGGUAAUUCUCUUUUAAUGCAUGCAAUGGCGGCCAUGCAUUCUAACAGUUUAUUCUUUUCAGUGUUCUGGAACAAACAUUUGCUACAUACAGUACCAGACACCAGAGUUCAAAUCCCCGCAUUUUCCACAUUUCCGCUUGUCUCAUGCCUAGGAAGAAUGGGUCCAGGACAUUUUCCAUUUGGCCCUCGGCUUUCCCCAGGAAAACCCACUCUAUACUGCUGAAUCAGAACAAACGUCAAUCCGCAGAAAACCCAAUUGACGUUUGCUCCUGUUCAGCAUUAAAGAGCGAGUUGCUCUAGGGGAAAGCAGCGGUACAAGCGGACGUUUGGACGAGCCCUUAGUCAUGAAGCUCAUGGGGUGAGUUGCAGUUUCUCAGCCUGACCUACAUCAUAGGGUUUUGAGGAUAAAAUGAGGAGGUGGAGAACUCUGUAUGUCACCCUGAGCUGCUUCGAGGAAAGGUGAGCAAAAAAUGGAAAAAAUAAACUUGACAUAGAGGAGUAUCCAAAAAUGGAUUUGAUUUUGGGAAAGCGAAGUGGGGAAGCUUAUGCUCUCCCCAGGACACAAGUCUCACUGACCCUGCUCCGCACCCUCGUCCAGUGUUUUUGCCUGGCUUGAAUGUGCCUUUUAACUUGGAUAAUGCUAUUUGUUUGCCAUAUGAGAGUGUGUGGAAACUGUAUAAAGGUAAAAUUUACAUUCUGUGCCCUGCAUGCUUUCCCCUCUGCACCUGCUUACCACAGGACUGGCCUUUUGAUUGGUUGUUCACGAGGGAACAUGGCCCUCAAGGUGAAAAAGCCCCCCCCCCUUGACCUAGAGGCGAGCUGAAAGUCAUUAAAUCAGUCUUUGCCAAUCUGGUUACCUCGGGAAGUUUUGGAGGUUGUCCAAAACAUAUGGAGGGCACCAGGUUGGCAAAUUCCACAUUAACCAAACACUUCCUGGGAGGGAUGUUUCAAAAUCAGCUUGUGGUAAUGUCCCAAGGCUCUGGUGGUUCAAAGAAAGUAAGUGCAAAAUUUGGCUGGGCUGCUGUAAGUCCCUAAGCAGCUCUCUGGAUCCCAGCCAUUAUCUCUGCGGUGGCACUAGAAAUUGUUACUUAUGUAUGAUAUCCCAGUGGAGUUUACUUCACUAGUUAGCACAGUUUGCUGCUAAAUGAACUGUAGAAACACUUUUCCCAGGAAGACAUAAAACAGGCUCUGAAGCAGGAAAUGUAAAUGUGAAUGUAAUACAGUUAUGGGGGUAAAUUACAAUCUGGAAAUUCAGGCUUCAUAAUAUUACGUUUUUUCCCAUCCCUUUUUGCUUCAUUUUCUGCCAUCAGUAGUAAGACUGGGGGAGCUCCUGGAGACAGGAGUGAGCAUGGAAAUGGCUUUGUUUGUACAACCUGCAGUCAGCUGUUUUAUACUGAGAGGGGCCUGAACAGCCAUAUGUGUUUCUAUAGUGAACAAUGGCAGUCUCCAGGGAAGGAAAAACAACAGGUAAAAGAGAAAUUGAACUCUGGUAAAUGCAUAUUUGUCACUAUUAAUAUUAGCCACUUAUAAAACAAGCAAAAGUUUAACACUCUGGAUGAAUUGUUUGAAUUCUCGGCAGUAGCCAUAAAGCUCAUGAGGUGGCCAUGGGCAAUUUCUCAUCUUAAAGCCUAACCCAUUUUACAAGGGGCCGUUGUAGAUGUAAUCCUAGCUUACUAGUAGCUGUGCAGGGAGGAAUAGCAUAGCUGUAUGACUAAGAGAUGGUUGCACGUUGCAUCUUCACCCCCCCCCCCCAAUUUUUUAAGGCUUAUUUUUUCAAAAAUUGCAAAACAAUAACGGGGGGUUCAAGUUAAUAAAUAGUGCACCCCUGUCUUUAGAGCAGUUAAGGGACAUAGUGGACCACUUUGCAUGUUGAAAUGUUGACUUAAUCCAGAAUAUUUAUGACCUUUAUGUGUGCUCAUGCACACACACCCAUUUUUUGUGACUGGGAAAGCAAACCACGAAGCUGCAGCGAUCCAUAGCUCCCUAACGAGGUGUGAACUGGAAACUAUGGAAUAACAGGUUAUGUGUUGGUGCACAGAGACUGUUCAUAUGCUGACUUACCAAGCUUAGAUUUAAUGGCCAUUGGCACCAACUUUAACUGUGAUAACGAUUAAGGUUUUUGUUUCAUUAGGAUUAGAAAUCAUGGUUUAAUGUAGGUCUGGGCUGAUGAAUGAGAAUGUUCCCACAGCCACAGAGGUUGUUGUGAUAUGAUAGAUGGUCCACCGGGCAGCAUCUAGGUGCAUUUGAAUUCCUUUCUCACCUCGAAAUACAUGCUUUUUGUUCGUUAAACCAGCUGUAAUUAUAUGCAGUGGUCUUCUGAUGUUACUUGGUUUCUGGUUUUCCUUUUUCCAUUCGGUAAUAAGAUAAUUCUCAGCUCCAUUUGGGGGUUUGUGUGUCUCGACAGAUUUCCUGAAGGGAUGCAAAGUGUCUCUGCAUACACAUCUGUGCCCCUGAUACUUGGAUCCUUGCAUUGUCUGCCCAUCAUAAUUUUACAUUUAUAUAGAAAAUGUGCACCCCACCUUUCCACUUAUGGGUGUCCAGGGUGCUUAACAAUAUAAAUGAAAAAGGCAAUCCAUAACAUUAAUAAUGAUGGGGAUUUUGCUAGUCGUGAUAAUAAUGCUGGCUUACCUUAAAGGGCAGUUAUAAGGAUUACCAAAAUAAUGUAUGUGUAAUGUUUGAAUUCUGAAAAGCACUACAUAAAUGCUAGCAACCAUUCUUGUUAAUACACAGCACAAUUCUGUGCAUGUUUACUCAGGAAAGCGUGCAUGGGAUUGUAUCAAUUUAGUGCAAUCCUGUACAUGUCUGCUCAGAAAAGAAGUAAGUCUCCCUGACUUUCAUAGGAUAUCACUACCUAGUAAUAGGUAAAGGUUUGCAGCUUUAGAAGCUUAAAAAAAGGAAUGCAAAAAACGUAUAUAUUUCAUUAGCUACUCUUGUUUCUAUAUCAUUUUUCAAAUACAAACAAACCUGGAAGUUGUUCGUGUCUGCUGCAAGGGCUUUCAAAAGGGUAGAAACUGAAAUAAAACAAAACCAAAAGCUAGCCGCAGUAUUGUCUUCUGUAUACUUGUUGCUAGAAUGCACAUUUCUUUUUAUAUUUCCUUUCCCUUAAGGCAUAUGAGGCAGAGCAUUUGCAACCUCAGAAACUGUCCUUCAAGGCAUCAGGGGAUGGAGAUACUCCUCCUGAAACCAAAAGGCCUUCGGAAGAUGUAGCAGUAGCACCUCUUGUAAUCCCUGUUUCGGUACCUGUAACGGCUGCAAACCUUCAGCAAGAGAGCAAAGUGGGUGGUGAUUUGCAGUGUUAACUUCAGAUCAAUACAGAGAAGACAAGCCGACUGUUUGGGAUCUAACUGAUAGAGAGUUCCGGUGGGGUUUCAUACUUAGCCUAGCAAUUUGUGCAAAGAUCCACCCUAUGCAGGGUGAUAGGAAAGGGAUCUGCACUGCUGGAAACCUAGAAGAAGAAAUUUAAAAUAAUUUUUAUUUCAUAGUUAGCCAAAAUAAUUUUAAAUAUUUUUCAGUGUUUGCGAUGGACGUUUGGACUUCCUUGACUCUUCAGGGCAGGGAUGGGGAAUCUGUUGCCUUCCAGAUGUUGUUGGAUUAUAGCUCACAUCAUCCUUGACAGUUGGUGGCUGGGGCUCAUGGGAGUUGGAGUCCACUAGAACUUGAAGGCACCAGGUUCCCUGCAGAGCUCCAUAGUUUUAGACAGCAUCACAGGCAUCUUUCUUUGAGCAUAUCUUAAACUAUCUUAAUAGCCAUUUCCUUCCAUUACUUAUUUUGUUUAUAUUCCAUAUUUCUUCCAUGAGGAAACUCAAGACAACACCAGUAGUGUUUCUAGGCAUUUCUUUACUCGGUCAUAGUCCCCAUGCACAUUUAGACCAUAGCCCUGGAACCAUUUAUAUAGUGCUUUUAAAGUGUUUAAAGCUCUUUACUAACAUUACUUUGUUAAAACAACAAAGAGUUACGGCACCAUAAAGACUUAACUCAUUUAUUAAGGCAUAUACUUUCAUGGAUCAUAGUCCAUUUCAUCAGAUACACGAAGUGUUUCAUAUACACAUGGCUUGAGGGGAGACUUAUAAACAGUGAGGCCACAAUGAAAUGAAAUGCAGAAAAGUACAGAGAAUAUUACAUGAUGAACAGUGGCCAUUCACAAAAAAAGUUCCUGAUAAUGCAUACAUCCUGGCAUUAAAAAACGUGUUGCAAUUUUAAAAAAGAGAUACUUUGCCCCAAUCUUGAACUCAGUAUAAUACUCCGUGCAUCUGGUGAAGUAGAUGGUAGUUCACAAAAGUGUGUGCAGUAAUACAUAGUCUUUAAGGUGCCGCAAGACUUGUUUGUUUCUAUUGCGUAACUGGAAAGUACCUUGGUACAAGCCCUUAACGCCACCUGCAAGGCAGGUCAGUAUUAUUACCAUCCCUGUAUUUGCAGAUUUUGUGUGUUGGGACUGAGGCUGAAAGAGUGUGGCUUGCCCGAAACAGAGUUGCCAGCAACAUGCUGAUUUAUAGUUCAAUCUCUCUGCAUCUGUACCACACCAGGACUCUGAAAACAGAGAUCUCUCCUAACGCUCCAUUCUCAAUAUUAGUCCUGUAAUUGGCAGCAAUAGGUAGGGGGAAGAAAUGGUUGCUGUGGCCGUUCGAGAAAAUGUACUUGAAAGUUUGCCUGGCAACAGUUGAGGCUGAAAAUGCUGCCAUUUGGCCAACAUGAUUGUGACAUCACUGUUCCCUCAGCGACGACUUACUCAUCCCGAGUUGGGUUCUCACGUCUUGAAUCCUGGCAGACCCCAGAAUCUUGUCAGGCCCUCCUCCAUUGUCUCCUGAGGCCGGCAGAUGCGAACUGUCAACCGUGUGUGCCAGUAGAGCAUGGUCAACCUCUUCCUCUGCUUCCAGUCCAACUGGAAGGAAAGGAAGAAGGUGGUGAAGCGUGGGGGUGGGGAAGGAAGAGAAAGGCAGGCAGCUUACCUAGCUGUGCACAGAUGGAAGGUCAUCUACAGACAACUGCAACCUCUCCCCACAUACCAUAGCAUUCAAGGAUUCCAAGGCAGAUGAUGCCUCCUAUACAAAAGCGGGAGAGAGGUAGAAAUUAUUAUCUACGACCAUGGGAGUCCGCCUCAAAGAGUCAGGCCAUUGCAUUCCAAGCGCUACCUAGAAAUACCAGGGAUUGAAUUUGGGACUUUUAAUAUAUACUCCAACACAGAAACAGCCCACAGAAACCCAAGUCUGUUUCGUGCCUCUUUUGUGCCUAACUGAAGCACCCUAGGAUGAACAUCGCCCCCCCCCAUCUAUGUUGGGAUUGAGCCAGCAAGUAAAAGGACAUUCAGUUCACUUACCACCACCCUCCACCCCACUGUUCAGAAACAACACUCCUGUUCCCCUCUCCAGCUGCAACAAGAGACCAUUAAGACCCCAAAGACAUCAGACUGCACACAUUAAAUGGUCUCUCAGAUUCCGCAAUCCUGCUGUCCAGUUCACCUCCAACCCAAGAAGUCCUGAUGAAUGGAGGUAGGGGAAGAAGGUGGUUUCUUAUUUCCUCUCCCACACAGGUACACUCAAAAGGAUGAGCCCCUCAUCUUCCAUCCAUGUAAAGACUGCAGUUUCCUAGGCCUGACAAGAUUUUGGGGCUUGCCAUUAUUACCUGGAAUGAGAAUGAAAUCCCAGCCCACUAGCUAAAGACUCAUAAUCAGAAACAGGAGGAGCAACAGUGAUGUCAUAAUCCUUAUUAUCCACCAACAAGGCUGCAUUUUCAGGCUCCAGGAUUGCAGUUUUGAGCUGCCUUAAAAAUACUUAAAAGUAAUGGGAACUAUUAACAGCUACAGCAGUGGUUCUUUUCUGCAUAGCUGUUGACCAAAUAACACACAUGCAGAUACGUGACAUUUUGGGGAAAUCCCCAAUGUGGUGGUGGGGGCUACAGAUAUUUUAAAUGCCCACUACAAACUACAAUUCCCAGGAUUCUCUGGGGGACAUCAUAACAAUGUUAUAAAAGCUAAUAUGAGUCUGUAGUGUAGAUACUUUACUUGGUAGGAUAACCUCAAGCGGGUGGUCUCAAAUUAGUUAGCCAUAGGGGAGGAGGCAGCUUAUUAGGACAGGGUUCUUGUGGGAAACACCCACAAGGAUCCAUGCAGGGCAUGAGGUUUUUUUUCCAGGUAGUAAUAUCAAAUCACAUGGGCUGUAUAUUUCGUCUUAGGUUGAGGAGAAGGAAAGCCAGGAUGAUAAGGAUUUCCAAGAAGGCAUGCAAAAGAAGAGGAAGAGGCGAUCUCGUCCGAAAUCUCUUUUCAUCCCACCUCCUCCACCUGUCCUCAUUGAGAUACAGCCUGGCACUGGAGGAUGCUUUCAGAGUAACCUCCGUUCGCCUGUCUUCCUCAUGGACCACCUCAUCCAAGGCUUAGUCCAGUGCUCCCCUUAUACGCCACCUCCGAUGCUCUCUCCCAUUCGUGAGGGGUCAGGGCUGUAUUUCAACACACUCUGUUCUUCCUCUACAAAUGCUGCUUCUACCAAGAUGUACACCUCUGUUCUAGGUAUUUAAAACAACCAUCUUUCUAUGACUGAAUAUACAAAGCAGUAUUGUACUGAGUGAGGCCGCUCAUUCAUCUGGCCUAAUGCUGUCUAAUCUGACUGGCAGCAGCUUCCUGCAAUCUUCACUGUGUUUAUUGUUAACAUCAUUAUUAUGGUUAUUAUUAUGAUUAUCAUUAUUACUAUUUUGCAAUUUUAGAUGGAAUGGACGGAGCCCUUUUGUUCUCUCUUGUGAAAGAUACCACCAAAAUCAGCAUAGAACCGUAAGUGAGGGAAUGAUGACAAUGGUAAACAAAUCCAGUAAUAUCUUGUACUAUGUUCUUUCUCAUAGAUUUGUAGCUGGGCACAUGUAAGAAUGUUGUGAGUCAUUCCAAGAUUCUUACACCCUAUGUUUUCUACCCACAUCAUCGCUGCUUGGCCAUUUCAGAUCUCAUUCGCUUUAAUUUAAGAACAAACACUCCCUGCAUCCCAGACUGCUUUUUGUGCAGCUGUUAGGUGAUUACCAUCUGCUUUCAUUACUUGUGCUUUGUUUACAUUUUGACACUGAAAAGCAAUUACUCCCUUACAGGAUGGAGGAGGGUAUUCUUGUGUCAUUAAAGUAAUCAGCACUCUGGUUAUCUCUUGGCCUGUUCCAAACAAGCAAUUAAUACCCUCUGGGAGGAAAACCACAAAAACUUCCAGCAGAUAACGUCCAGAAUUAAGUCACCGCAGCCUGCAAAACACAUGGCUAUUAAGAGGAGUGUUAAAUUUGCCAAAAAAAGCAAUCUAUAAACGGCUGCAGUUCCAGGAGAACCCAAGUACAGGGAUCCCUCACAGAAGCCAUUCCAAAUCUUAAAAACCUUAAGAUGUGAACUGACCUUUGAAGCAGAGUAAUGAAAUACUAGGCCGGGUUUUGCAGUACAGGCACUAAGUCAUGAGAACAUCCUUCAGAUCCAUUUUAAAUUUAGGAAGACUUCCUCUUCGUUUAAAAGUUAAUCGGGCCCUUAAAAUAGUGUUGCUGUCGGGUUUCUGUAGUAGUUCAGUGCUACUUCAUCUGUAUGACAAAACAAAUAUUUCAUCCGCUGAAGUCUCAUAAGGCUCACAUGAACUAAAUUCUUUAGUUAUAAUUAAAUAGACAGGAUUGGAAGAACACUGCCAAUGUCUUAGACAAAAUUAGAAUCAGAACAGAUUGAAACCAGGAUAUUCACUGUUUUCUUUAAACUUUACCUCUCCUCUCUGUUCAGGACCAAACUAGACAAUAUGUUAAAUUUGUGUCGUGUAUAAAGUGUCUUGUUUUUACUUUUAAAAGAGCCCUGUGGAGGAGGCUGUUAGGCUCAGUGGAAGUAUCUGGUGGUGGGAUAACAACUUGGUGGAAGUGGGGGUACAGAUUUUUACCAGGAUCAUGACACAGAGGAAAGGGUUUAACCCUACCUGUAUGCUAUGAUCCCAAUUCUGAUCAGGGCCUAUCUGUUGUUGUUUUUUGUAAAGUAAACAUGCAUGCAUGCAUGCAUGCAUGUACUUAAUGACUCAUCUAGCUUGGCCCUUGGUGAAAUCCAGUAUGAUAGUUGUUCAUUUUCUGUUAGUAUUUUUAGGCUUAACCUGUAGGAGAUUAAGCAUUUUAAUCAUUUUGCAUUACUGUUUGGAUGCAUAUCAUGAUUUUGCCGGAUAAUGGCAGAUGUAGGCCAAAGUGCAGAUACCCUUUUGCUGGCUUUGUUCUGUAUAAGGCCAGACUUGUAAACAACCCUUCUCUCUUUCCAGCUAUGUGUGCAUUUGAUGUCCCGCACAGGUGUGUUCUGUAAACUUUUAAAAAGACCACUCCUUUAUUUGCAAUGCUUUAGAAAGGGGACCCACCAGCGGUUUUAGCCAUUGAGACAUACAAUUUAUUGCAGGUCCAAGGGCAAAAAGGUAAUUCUGUUAAGAUUGGCUAGGGUUCCCCUUGGGUUUGUUGCUUUGCAAUAAACUGACAGUGGUGGAGAGGUGUGGUUUAAAUAUAGCACUGAAGUAGAAUAACUUUUGAACAUGGAGCAUCUUCUGACUAAAGUCGGUUGGAAUGACCUUUCAGCCAUGCAGCAAAAAAAAAAAGCAAAACCCAGCCCCCCUUCCCCCCCAAGUAAUCCAAAUGGUUCAUGUUUUGCUAGUGCCCUAAGACCAAGGUUCAGUUUUAUGAACCUAGAGAAGCUUCUCAAACAAAGGUCUUGAGCAAAUAAAAAUACUUUAAACAACUGCUUGUAACUUCUCAGGGUGGAAAGGCUAUAGGUUUUUGUUCAAACAGUGUCUCUGCUGGAAGGUAAACUUUAACAUGCCUGCCUCUUCAUGCAUGUAAAGAUUGAGAUUAACAAAGCCCUAAUCAUUAAUUCUGUUUUUUAAAAAUGGGUUUUGGCCUUUUCAUCAUUAGUUCUUCCGUUUACCUUUGUCUUAACUUUCAUCCUGAUGUUCCUUUCAGUCCUUUAGCAGGUUUACUUGAUGUUUGGAUGCAUGUAAUCUUUUAUUUGUUACCAUAUUUUUCGCUCUAUAAGACGCACCUAGUUUUUGGAGGAGGAAAACAAGAAAAAAACCACUCUGAAUCUCAGAAGCCAGAACAGCAAGAGGGAUCGCUGCGCAGUGAAAGCAGCAAUCCCUCUUGCUGUUCUGGCUUCUGGGAUAGCUGUGCAGCCUGCAUUCACUCCAUAAGACGCACACACAUUUCCCCUUACUUUUUAGAAGGGAAAAAGUGAGUCUUAUAGAGCAAAAAAUACAGUAUAUGUUAUUCAGCAUUUUUCGUAAAAAUCAUGUCUCAAAGCACCUACGCCAGGUGGAGCGUUUCUGCUGCACCCUGUCCCCCACAACACUUGACUCUCAUUACACCCAAGGGUUGCUUUACUACAGCAUAGCAAGGUUUACUGGUUCAUGUUUGUUUUCGUUGCCACAUUCACCGUCCAAAAUGCUGUAUAGAAUAUGGUCAUGAGACAGGAUUCCUCCCAGAGAACCUAGGGUGGGAUUGAAUGAGGUUAACUGGUAAGCUGAUAGCACAGAAGAGGUAAGGCUUAUGUAGCAAGAGUGGCUUUGUCAGAAAUAGCAGCAGGUUUUUGGAUUAAAGGUGGAGGAGGUGAAUGGGGUGGUAGAGGGAACAGGGAGGCCGUUUCUGGCACAAGAAGCAACGUGGAGGAAGGGGAGCAAAGGAAAGCUCAGCAGUAGAUGAGCCUGAAUGCCAGGUAGCUUGCCAUGCUGGAGUACUGUUAACAAGAUUGGGUUAACGUGCCUGUGGGUUAAAUGUACCCAGUAACAAGAUAAAUCCGUAACAGGAUUAGCCUCUGAUUAGUCAAAGUGAGUUUUGUGUAGGUCUUGCUGGAGCAAGUAUGGAAAAUGGCAGGUUCCCUCUGCCUGGCAUCAGAGGCAGCUGUCUCAUGCUUGUGUAGAUAAUGGGGUACCUUCCCUUUUAACAUACUACAUUUUUGAAAAGCAGGGGGAGGGCACCCUUAAGAAACCGCUCUGCCUCAUCAUUUGUGUUUCUUGAUAGUUCUUCCCUUGCACUUUUCACUUCUGCAAAUUCAUCUCCUUUGUUCCCUUCCAGUCCUUGUGCCGGCUGUUCCUAGAUUCCUACUGCCACCCUUCCCUUUCCCCUCCAUUCAACCAACUCCUCCCUAUAUUACUAUUUAUGUGCCCAAACUUCAUUUAUUUUAUGUGUCCAGGUAAGGUUCCACUAUCCAUCUGACUCUUUUAAUCACCCACUCUUCACCUUUGCCUUGUCCUCCUAGGGUCUAAACUGUAAGACAUUUGUCCCUUCUGUCCAUCACUUGUAAAGUGUUGAAUAACAGUAAUAAAAUUGUCCCAACAAACUUGGGGUAAGUGCAGAAGUGCUUUUGUUUCUGUUACUGAUCCCGAGAGAUUGUGUACUUUUAAGCCUCAUGGACCAUCUAUUCGUGUGGAAAUAGCAACUUGGAAACUUCCCCUCUUUAUCUUCCAUGUUUGGCCUAAUUUUAAUUUUACCAUCUCUUGCUUGUUUAUUGUUUCUCUUCCCUCAUAAGCCUUCACAUUCUCUCCCCCUCCCUUUUUUUCCCUUUACCUCAUCCGUCAUUUCAGGCACAUCAACAUUGGAAGUCGUUUCCAAGCAGAGAUACCUGAUCUUCAAGACAGAUCAUCCUUAGAAAAUUGUGAGCAUCCAGCCUCACUAGUGUGGAAGCCGUGGGGAGAUAUCACAACCAACAAAGAAACACAGAAAAGAGGUGUGCAAAAAUGGGGUGGCGGCGGAGUUUUCCCACCUGAGGCUAACCCUCCCCAAUUAUACUUCAUUUGUCUCUUCUUCUGUUCCGUUGCAUUUUAAUUACUCUUGUGCAGACAUUUGUUCAUGCUUUUAAAAAAAUCUCACUUGCAGUAACAGAUCUGUUAAAAUUGGCCUGCUCCAGUGCGAUGCCAGGGGGAGGAACCAACCUAGAACUAGCUGUCCAUUGCCUGCAUGAAGCCCAAGGAAACAUUCUGGUAAGAUGCAAUAAAUUCACACUGGGCAAAACGCACCGGGUCUUAAGAACAUAAGCAUAAAUUACCCUGCUGGUUCAAGCCAGUGGCUCAUCUAGUCCAGCAUCCUGUUCUCACUAGGUGCCCCUAUGGAAAGCAAAUAAUAAUAAUAAUAAUAAUAAUAAUAAUAAUAAUUUAUUAUUUAUUCCCCAGCCACUCUGGGCGGCUUCCAACAGAACACUAAAAUACAAUAACCUAUUAAACAUUAAAAGCUUCCCUAAACAGGGCUGCCUUCAGAUGUCUUCUAAAAGUUUGGUAGUUAUUUUCUCUUUGACAUCUGGUGGGAGGGCGUUCCACAGGGCAGGUGCCACUACCGAGAAGGCCCUCUGCCUGGUUCCCUGUAACUUGGCUUCUCGUAGCGAGGGAACCAUCAGAAGGCCCUCGGCGCUGGACCUCAGUGUCCGGGCAGAACGAUGGAGGUGAGGACCUGAGCACAUCUGCCCGCAUCUGAUUCCCAGCAGCCAACGUUCAGUUCAUUCAUAAAAUCAUUACCAUUCUACCUCCAGCAGCGGAGGUAGAACAUGGCCAUUGAUAGCCUUAUCCUCCAUGACUUGGUCUAAUCUUUUAAAGCAAUCUAAGCAUGUGGCCGCCGCUACAUCUUGUGAGAGCUGCUUUGUCGGGCUGUUGAGAAUCUCAGGUUCCUUGUUUUGAAGGCUUUCGCAAUUUCGGGAUUGUAGGCUUUAGCCAAAUGUUUGGUUUAAUUUAUAUUGGGAGUGCCCCUAGCUGAAUGGCACGAUGCAUGUUUUGUGUGUGGAAGGUUCCACGCUCAAUGCCUGGUGUCUCCAGUUAAAAGUUUGAAGGAGCUGGUGUCGUGAAAGACCUCAGAGAGCCAGUGCUAGUCAACAUAGGCAAGACUCUAACCUGGGUGGAUAAACAAAUAGCUGGAUCUGGUAAAAGCAGCUUCCAAUGUUAAGGAAUAUUGACAGAAUCUAUUAAAUCUGGGUUUUUUGGGUGCGGGGAGAGCAGUGGCUCAGUUACAUGCAAAUACACUUCAGUGGAGUAAUUUGUUAAUGGACUAAAGUACAGUGGUACCUUGGGUUAAGUACUUAAUUCGUUCCGGAGGUCCGUACUUAACCUGAAACUGUUCUUAACCUGAAGCACCACUUUAGCUAAUGGGGUCUCCUGCUGCCGCCACGCCAUUGCAGCACAAUUUCUGUUCUCAUCCUGAAGCAAAGUUCUUAACCCAAGGUACUAUUUCUGGUUUAGCGGAGUCUGUAACCUGAAGCAUAUGUAAUCUGAAGCAUAUGUAACCUGAGGUACCACUGUAUAGUCCUUUUUGACAGGCCUAGUUUGCUUUGCCUCCGUGAAACUGUAUGUUGGUUUAAUAUUGGUGAUGAGCCAGUGCGCGGCCACUUGAUGCCAUGCACAGCAUACUACUGGCCAACACACAUCCGCUGUAUAUUGAUGCACAAACUGCAGAAUCCAUACUGCAGACUCAUUGACAUUGGGGGGGGGGUGGCGGAGAAAAUGAGCACAGGAUGGCUUGCCCCCUCCGUAUUGUGCAGCCUUGUAGCAGUGGAAACAGAUGCACUCAGGCAACACUAAGAAAAAAUAUUUUCCAAGUGUUUGUGCAGAAACAGCGCCGCCUUGGGCAGCUGCCAGAUGUCAACUGAUAGGGAGACUGGACUCAUUAAUUGCAGUUAAUAGGAGUCUGUCUCUUUCUCUCCCUCGUGGACUUCUACCAGUUCCCUUACUUGUUUCUACUUGGAGGGAGUUAUGACAGCUUUCUCUAAAACAAUUACAGGACGCGCUGGAGAUGCUGUUACUCCAAGGACCACAGAAGCCUCCCUUUCAUCCUCUUGCUAACUAUCAUUACUCAGGUAAAAGCAAAUUGCCUACAUUAGGGUAUAACCAUUGCUUCCAUGAAACCCAUAAGUAUUUAGCAAGAUGCCAUAGCGGCUGCGUUCACGCUGCACGGUUUGUGGCUUACCAUGCACGAGUUGAUCACGCCCACUUUGCUUCUCUCCAGUAGCGCUGGGGGGAAACAAACCACGAUCCCUGGUUUAGCAUUGCCUCAGAAUUCUGCACAGAAGAUUUUAAAACACUUGGAUUACAUUUAAUGCAAUUCUGAACCUCGUAGUUCUCAAGCAGAGUACUGCUCCAGUUGUCCUUUGGGAAAGAAUAUAAGUGUCUAAUGAAAUGCAAAUGCAUGUUCAUUGCCCAAAAAUGGUGCAGAAUAUCAUUCAAGUGCUAUUGGCUGACCUCUCCUCACAGUGACUCUUAGCAUGUGGGGCCACAUAGUGGCAUGCAGUGGGAGAAGCGUUCUAGCAUGUGGAAGAAAAUAAUGCUCACUACUGCCUCCCAGUGUUGGAGCACUGUUCUAUCUGAGCAGUUCACAUUAUGUCAGCACAUUAUUAAAAUAGCUUUUGUGUGGUGGUGAUGAGCCCCAUAUUGAAACUUCGUAGAAAACAAAGAUGUUAAUUAAGGACACCAGAAGUUCUGUACUGCCAAAAUUUCUGGUAAUUUUUUUUUUAAUGGAGGAAAAUUGAAGGUUGUGAUCUUAACAUUAACUUUAAGCAUGCAGCAAAAUUAAGUAUAGCCAAAUACAUCCCCUCCAAAGCUUUAUGAUUUCAUAGUUUAGGUUUGAAAAAUAGCUGAAAUGUUGAAGCUAACAUCAGAAUUGGAGAAUUGAGCCUUAUUUGUCCAUUGCUGGAUGAGAAAUAUCGUUAACAUGCUCUCACCCUUGGUUUUUAAUAUUAUGAAAAUAAUGUGAGCUAUAUUAAUCUCGGCAAUGAAUUUUAAAUGCUAAUUAUAAACAGACCAGAGGUCCUGAAGAGUUUUCCAAACACAUCGAUAAACUCAUUAUCAUGCAGGUUUCCCAGUGCAGGGAGAGUAGGCAGAAGAGGGGCAAUAAAGUUUUUAAUUUUGUGAGAGCAAUGGACCAUUAAACAGACUGCCUGUCUCCUGUUUCUUGCUGCACUUCCAGGUUCACAUCUGUGGACUCCUGCGGAGAAGCAGUUGUUCAAGAAGGCUUUUGGCUUGCACAAAAAGGAUUUUUACCUCAUACAGAAGAAGGUAGGGCCUUCAGUUGGCAGUGGAGCCAUCUUUCGGGCUGCUUCAUCUCACAAAACAAAGUGUCUCCCCUCCAAUAUUUAAUCUGAAGGUUAUCCAAUAGUGUUUGGGUUUUUUAAAAUCCUAUUUUAGAAACUUUUGUUGGCAUUUAAAGCCCCUGAUUAUGUGGUCAUGUGUAUUAUAGCAUCUUGGGAUUAUUUUGCGCAAAGAAGUUCCCUGCUCACAAAUUGACUGAGGCUGAAUCUAAUCCCAGAUCCACAGGAACAGAAUGAAGAGAAAAUGAAAACAACAUAUAUGCUGUAUAUUUAAUAUUGCAUCAGUUGCUCCUUUGUUCACUUUGAAUUUUUCUCCCUCUUCCCCCCUUCCCCCCAUCCUUUUCAAUAGAUACAAACUAAGACUGUUUCCCAGUGUGUUGAAUACUACUAUAGCUGGAAAAAAAUACUAAAAUUUGACACCAGUCGAGCACAGUUAGUAGAAAAGAGGCCCAAGAGAGAGCAGGAUGAGGUAGAAAUGGAUGAAGAAAAGGUAUAUAAGAGAUUGAUGGGGAUCUGGCAGAGGUUUGACUGACUGAUUUAAAGCUGUGCCCUUUACCUUUCCCUCCCUGCUUUAGGAAAGGUAACAUUCACCGCAGCAAAAACUCCUGGGGACAACGGCUUUUCCUUACCAGCUUCCUCACGCAUCUGUUGAAAUAGAUGCUUCUCUACGAAAGCUCAUGCGGCAAUAAAUGUAUUGGUAUUUAAGGUGUCCUGGGACUCUGUUGUUUUUACUACGAAAGACUAACGUGUCUGGCUCUUUUUUAGGGCGUGAGAAGAAGCUCGGUUUCCAUAGCUGUAGAUGCCCUCAGUAUCAUUCAUGCGCCCUUUACUUUUUUUAAAUGGUGGGGGUGGAGUUCUGAUGGGGGCAGUGACAUAUAUCGGGCAGGUGAACCUAUCACAGCUCAGCACAGAAUCGCUGCACCCUUUGCAAUGGCUACCAUUUGAUCUUGUGUCUCUUUUAAAAUCGGUCUUUUGAUCAGCACCAUCACACUCUUUUUGCUAUAAUUAAAAAAAAAAAAGUGAAAUACCUCUUAAAUGAAAUAGCAUUUUAGCAUUAUAACACUAUGUUUAAAACAGUGCUGAAAAACCAAAAUCUCUUUUCUGGUCACUGCCAUUGUCACAGGAGUGACCAGAAAGGUGUUUUGUUUUGAAUCGCUAUUUUAUUAGAAGCUUUGCAUUACAGCACAAAUAACCUUUUUUAAAAGAAAACACUUUAACAAAAUGGAAAACGGAAACUUUUCCAGCUAACUUUAACUACCUUGUUAACAUGGCGAUGACUAGAAAGGGUUCUUUUUCUUUCCCCGUUAAAAUAAAAUGCAUCAUUGUGCAUUCAUUCAAACAUUUAUACCUUGCUCUUCAGAUGGAAAAGCUCCCAGAGCGGUUUACAAAUCAGUAAAAUUAACACCAUCUCUGCCAGAUUAGGCAAAAUUUUAGCUAAACACUUUGGAGCUGGGUAUGAGCAGUAAACCAUCUUGCAAUAAUUUUUCAUUUAUACUUACUGAUGGAGAUACAGAUAUUUUAGGACGCCUGUAAUCUCUGCUUGAAGGAUCAUUUUGACAUUUCAUUUUAAAUUCAUUACCUUUGCUACCUUCUUAAGAGAGCAAUAUCUGAUAUUUUUGACACUGAUUUUGAAAUAUUACUUCCUUGACGUUAAGUUUUUCAAAUACUGUGAAGUCCAUAUUGAUAGUUUCCUUCUCUGUGAUGUUUAAAUCAGGUUACUUCUAACUUGGAAAUACCAGUACCCUAUAGGGGAGUUAGAAUUCAUUCCCCCCCCCCCUUUCAUUUCAGUUUCUUAUUUUUGUGUCCUGCCCUGGGAUCCCUUUGUGAAGAAAGGCAAGUUAGAAAUACCUGAAAAUAAACAACGCUCUUUCAUUUAGGUGGUAUUUCACUAAUAUAUAUAUAUCAAAAUAUUGCUGGAAAAGACUGAUUAAAAUGGCACCUAUUGUAAAGGUUAUUUAACGGUGAAGGUGCACUGAGCUUCAAGCGACUGCUGGGUUAAAUUGCACCUCAUUCCCUGCCCAUUGCAUUUAUGUCCUGCCCCCUGUUGUGAACAGAACAAAAUGGGAUGUACAUACAGAAGAAGGCGUAGUAUCCCCAAUAUUGUGGGAGGUGCACUGCAAUUCUACUUGUGGCUUUUAUCGGAAAAGCAGCAAUUGGAUAUCGCUAGGAGCCACCCACCUAGAGGCCGCUCUAGGCUGGCCCAUCCAUUCCGGAAGGCGUGUAAGAACUGCUGUGUUGGUUUAAACUGGACUCUGCAGCCUCUUUGUAGAUGCAGCUUGUGCAUUUUCUCAGAAGGGCUGAGGAUUUGAUUUUAUCCUGAAAACAGCAGCUGAGGUUCUCAGGAAUCUAAAUCCCUCGCCAGUUCCACAUUCCAUAUAGAAUUGGGUAUAGGUGCAAUUAUGAAAGGUGCCUACUUCAAGCCCUGGUGAGAAUUCAUUGUACCACUGGAUAUGUAAAAAAUGAUUCUUCACAACUUUCGAUAAAGAAACGAAGCACAUUUGAAUCCUCGCCCCAAAAUAAACUGGAUGAAGGGGCAAAGCAGACAUGAUAGUCAAUCACAUGAAUGUCGCUUACAUAAUUCAUUUUCUUUAGUAAAUAUCAGCAGUGUUGAGGGAUUUUGCCCUUGGCUGUGGUCUGUGUCUGAGCUGGAGGAGCUGGAACUGAUGAGGUCCUUAACCAGGGCAAAGAGUUAAAGAUCUCCAUCCCCAUGCUGCUGCUAUUUGUUUCAAUAAAAACAAGCACUUGGCAGCCAUUAUGUGAUUAACUUCAUCCCCCUCCCUUUAACCCUUCGUCUAGCUUGCUAUGGGAGCGAAUGGAGUUCUGGUCCACAUCUUGCCUCUGAAUGUUCUGCAUCUCCUGAAUACUACAUUCCUUUCAGUGUGGUUCAGAUCUGAUACCAUCUCAAAAUGCUAAAGUGCCACCAAGUGUCGCCAGCCACAUUGGAAAGAUAAUGAAUUUAUCUUCGGAUUCUUUAUUGGGCUUUGCCAGAGACUUAAUAAUAGUGUGAGAAGGAAAAUUACUUCUGUGUAAAACACCAAUGUUUCAUGACUUGCAGAUAGCGUGCAGCCCAAAGAAACGGCACUGCCACCUGCCUAAACAGGAGAAUAAGCUAAAACCAAGGAAUUACAAAAAAUCAGCACAGAGCACUUUCAGUCCAGCCAGCAGCCAGAAAGAAACUUUAGAUAGGCCCAGAAGCACAGGCAGUCAGGGUGUGUUCCCGUGUAAAGAAUGUACAAGGUAACAAUUCAACGUUUUGGUUUCUUGUGCCAUUUUUAAAAAAUAAGUCCACUUGGUGCUUAGCCAUAAAUUUGUCCCCAGCCCCCUUCCCUUUUUAUAGUUGGUUUACUAUGGCACUUUGGGCAGGGUUCACGCCGAUCGCCAUCCUUUGUGCCCAUCGCUAAGCGAGAAAGAAAACCCCACCCUUUGUCAGGGGGGAGACCAUAUUCUUCCUCUUGCACCGAAACCGGGAUUAUGCGUGCGUCACUCUCGCAUUGCUGUAGCAUCUCACCUGAGUACUGAAAAACCCUGGCCUUUAUCUCCCGUUUACAUCUAGAGUGUUUGACAAGAUAAAAAGCCGGAAUGCUCACAUGAAGCGCCAUCGGCUGCAGGACCAGAUGGAACCGAUGAUAAAGAUUAAGUGGCCCAUGAAGCAUCUGAAAAAUGAGCCAGAGAAGCAAGAAAGGAACUCGGAUGUUGAUUUCCUCCAGUGGUAACUGGGAAGCGCAGUUUCAGGGUGAGAUUGCUGGUCAACUAGAAAGUGCCAGUGAAACCAGCUAGGAUUUGAGUUUUAUAGCACCUGUUCAUUCACUUGAGCGGGUUGAAAUUAGGUUCUGUACACAAUAGCCUCUUUAUGCUACUGGGAGCAUAGGAACUGAUUUUUAAAAGAAAAUAAAAAUACUCAUAAAUAGCUUCUAGCUUGAACUCAGAUGAACUAGAAGUAGCAAAUAAGUGCUCCGUUGUCCUUUCAAAUGGGCUUCCAUUUGUGGCUAUUGCGGGGCAGAAUUUGAUGGUAUGGAUGGCACAGGGCUGCUAUCCAAAGACAGCCCACCUGCUUUUCUGACCUUCCAUAAUGUCUGGUAGCGAAAUUCAGCAUGUGAUUGGACAUCACACUGUGUGUCUCCUCAACACCUGUGGAGGCAGCCAGUGACAAGAGAGGGAGCAGAGAAAUCCUGAGUGUUGGUAUUACAUCAUGUGAUGCGUUUCACAAGAUGGGGCAGAGGACGAGGAGAACAUGCGGGGGAAUCCUUGUUGUGGCAAUGGUAAUCCUUGUGUAGGAUGUGCUCGUAGGAUACCAUUCGUGAUUGCAUUUUUGGGAGCAGCCCUGUGCCAGCCAUGACGUCUAGUGAAAGGCAGGAUGUGCUAGGUGUUGACUUAAGCACCAUUAAAACUUCAGCUGGGGUCGGGUUUGACAAAAAUAAAAAGCAGGAUUAUGGCAUUCAGUUGACUCAUGCUUAAAUUUACCAUAGAAAAGGAGGUGUGUGAGUUAACUGAGUCUGCAUUAAAUUCCAAUUAGCCACAGUUGUAAGGAUCCUAUACAGCUGCCAAUAACUGUAAAAUAGCUUUUGCUCAAUUACAGGGAUGCUUAUUCGUGCUUUUGUUCAAUUACAGAAUGAACGCCCUCGUCGUUCUGCUGAAAUGUUAUGAGUAACCCCCGUUCUCCCGCUCCCUCUCUUCCAGGGUUCUGUUAUUUUUUUGGAGGACGGACGGAGUAGGCCAAUCAAUGAGAAAUCACCAUUGUAUUUAGUAUCUUUUUUGUGAUUGAUGUUCACACGACUGCUUUUUGAUUCACGCUGUAGUACCACAUUGAUCUGCGUUAUUGUUAUUUUGUAUGCACUCACAGUGUUGCUUAAUUAAAUUGGGUUCCACAACUGAA